AGUGACAGUUUGACAAUUCUUAAAAAAAGCAGCAAAUAUGGCCGCAUCAGUCAUUCCAAUGUGUAUUUAUUAUUUUAAUGGAUGUUGAUUGUUGAUUAUGUCUUGUCGUCCUGUAGUGCGUAUUGAUAUCGAAAACGAAAAUGUCUGAAAUCUGGAAGUUGGAACAACAAUUAUGUCGUUGUUGUCACGCAGAAGGUGCUUUUGAGAAUUUGUCAAAACCGCGCGAACUAAAUGGGAUAACAGAAAUCUAUUCAAACAUGUUAAAAGCAUGUUUUCAAAUCGUUAUAGAUUCUGUCCCGGGCCCAUUGAAUGAUAUGACAUAUGCCAUUUGUGAAUCAUGUGUGCUGCGGCUCAGGGAUGCUUAUGAAUUUAUGAGACAGGUUCAAAAUGCCGAGAUUAAAUUCAAAGACUACUACAACAGGAAUGCAAUUAAAGGAAUACAUGAGGACUGCGAUAAUGAUGGUGCGAGGAAAACAGAAGAGAAUGAUUGUUUUUCAGAUCAUGAGGAAUGUACUCUCGAUGAUGAUUUUUUUAUGCAUUUCAAUAAUGAAGAUUUACAAAAUUCAGCCACAAAAGAGAAAGGGAAAACUAAAGGAACAAAAAUUAGAAAGGUGAAGAAGAGCAGAGAAGUGAAAAAAGUUAUAAACAAAUUGAAAAAGGCCAAAAAAAAAGUUGAUAAUGAAAAAGAUGCUUCAGAAGACCAAGAUGAUGAUGUAUUGUCGUUGAUAAAUUUUACUAUCAUACGUAACGAUGAUGGCAUAGUUUUUCACAAUUGCAACAUUUGCAAGAAGAAUUAUUUGACCAGAGGUGCGUUUACGAAACAUUACAGAAAAAUACACCUAGAGAUUCGUGUACCUCCUCGUUCGUGUCACUUGUGUAGUGAAAAAGUAUCAAAGCAUACGAAAGCCUUACAUUUAGAAGAGAAGCAUGGCAUACCAGCACCCACUUGUAAUAUUUGUGAGAGAAAAUUUUCUUUCCCACACGAAGUUUUAUGCCACAAAAGACUUCAACAUACGGGCGACAAGAAAUACCGAUGUGAUGAAUGCGGGCAAUUAUAUGCAUCCAAAAUUAUAUUGAAAAAUCACCUAUUAUUGCAUUCUGCCGGCAAAAAUUUUAUUUGCCAGUUCUGUAAUAAGACAUUGAGAACUGAGAUAGGCCUACGUCUGCAUAUUAGGGUACAUUUAAAUGUUAGGCCACAUAUUUGUGAUGUAUGUAAUAAAUCGUUCACACAAGAAGGAAGUCUGAGACAUCACAUAAAGAUGAAGCAUUCUAUAUAAAACUAGCUGUUCCCGAGUGGCUUUACCCUCAUGAAAUUGUAAAAAACUUUAGUUUAUUGCUUAGUUAGAAAAUGGAUUUGGCGGUGGAGGAGACACAUAAGAAGGGGGUAUCCCCUUUAUCCGUCUCCUCUUCCGUCGAUAAAGGGUAGGCAACGCAUCUACAAUUGCUGAUGUUGCUUCGCCAAUUACUGAAUUAUAAAUAAAAUUGUUCAACAAGUUA